GCACGCGGUGUUUAUAUGUGCGGGGACUUUGAGCCACUUGUGUCGAUGGUAGGAAAUUAACUGCGAUAUUUCCCAGCUCCAUAAAUUCCCACUGAGAAUCCGACGAGGUAGGAGCGGUUUCCAUGCGACACUGGCCCACGUGGAACGGAAGUAUCACUUAUGGUGGCUUCAUAUAAAAUCGCCAUAGGUUAGACGGACGAAUAGGUUAAGGUUUUACCAGAAGAUCCAGUGCUCAAGUCUAAGAGAUGGAUGUGGAAAAAAUCGCCGUCUUCGCGGGCGUAGGUUUCGCCUUGGUAGUGGGUGCCUUCGUACUAUGGGGCCCUUCCCCUAGACCAAGGCGGAAAGGACAAGUCGCAGGCAUUACGAAUCUGGGGUUCACAUGUUUCUUAAAUGCUCUCCUGCAGUGUUUGGCAGCGUGUCCAACAUUCUUGAUCUGGCUCCAAACGCAACAUAAUAGAAAUAAGAAUACAUGCUUUACGAGCACUUUGUUGUCCGUGUUGGAAAAGGUUAAUGGCUUUUCGGAGGACCUGUAUGGAGACGUUAGUCCCUUGGAAAUUAUAUCUGCCUUAGGACCAGUGUGGAGUUUUACUCCCGGGGAGCAGGAUGCGCACGAAUUGUUCCACAUGGUUCUUGGAGUACUACAAGCCGAAGCCCAACCUAGUAGGAAAGGUUGUUUAUCAGAUGCGUUGCCUGUUACCGAACCACUUGGUCAGGUUAUCGUGACGAAUAUUAAAGGGUCAGGAGAUGCAUUUGCCUUGCGCAGUGUAUCAUGUAAUGACAUUGCAUUGGCAGAAAAAGAUCCAAGUUCGCUAACUGCAGCAAUCGAUAGAAAUCGCAAUGGUUUUACAACUGUGUCAUCCUUGUCUGCAUCGAAAGACUCUAUAGCAGCAAAACAACCCGGAAUAAUUCUGGCGAGAUCUUCAGAAAUUAUUUCAAAGAAAAAUGGAGAAACCGAGGCUGAUGGAACAUUCAAACUCUGGAGUUCUCUUUGCAUUAUACCCUCUCCGAGUACACCGGUACUGUCCAAUCACGUCCAUCCAUUCUCAGGAUUGUUGACCAGUCAACUUCGAUGCACUAACUGCAACUGGAAGUCCUCGGUACGUUACGACAAGUUCGACAGUUUAAUGUUGCCGCUGCCAUCGAGUGCCACCAAUGGCUUGAGUCUGAUAUGGCAACCACGUCACACGCUUUCAGAAUUAUUAUCUCGAUUAGUUAGCAGCGAAGUGAUACACGAUGUCAAGUGUGACGGAUGCUCAUCUCGUUGUCCUGUUGUCAAGACACUUACGCUGGGUAAACUUCCCAAAUGCUUAUGCCUCUACAUAUCCAGAACCACGUGGAGUUCUUCGGGAAUGCUCUUCAAAAGGAAUGAUAUAGUUGAAUUUCCUGAAACUCUGGUCUUGGACCUGUACACCUUUGCCGAGGCGCAGAAACGACCUUUAAAGGUCGGGGCAGUGGCAUCACCUUAUUUAUCAGAAUCAUCAGACUUGUCACGCGGAAAGCACAUGUACCAACUGCAAGCUGUUCUCGAACAUCGGGGACCAGUCGAUGCCGGACAUUUUGUAUCCUUUAGACGCGGCACCCGUUCUGGACAAUGGCUAUUCACGUCAGAUUCAACCGUGGAACGGGUUUCUCUGACGGACGUUAUUUGCGCCAACCCGUAUCUCCUCUUCUACGAGAAAAUCAAUUCAUGACUGAUCUAGGUUAGGUGCGUAAGAAGCACGCCUCGCUAAACUUGGACAGCGCUAAAAGUCAUUUAUGAUUUUUCCCCGCCUCAGGAAACGCCGAUUCGACGAAAGACACAAUCAGAAUUGCCAAAACCAUUAAUAAUCACAUACAGUCGUGCGAAUCGUCGUGUCCAAAGAAAAGCUCAUGAUUCCGCUCUUGAGACAUUUUUUUAAAUUUACUAUCGAUAAACCCCAGAUUUAAAUGAGUGGACUAUCGAUUUCAUCGGAAACGGAGUCAUGAUCUUUUUACCUGAUGCGAAACCCCGAUCUCAUUUGUUGUUAUACAAUGUUUGCUUUAUUCGCCUGCGUAGUCGGGUCCCUAUUGUAUAGCUGGACUUUUAGGCAGAGGAGAAUACCAGUACUGCCAAAAGAAAUGUUACCUCGACUUAUUUACGUAAAGCUUGCCAAUGUUAUUUGGUUCGUGAUGUCAGGUUUGCGUUUUCGUAGCAAUGGCUUCACGGAAUGCCAAACGAAUACGUUCCCCUGUCACUCGUGGUGCUCUUCUUUAUAAUGAGGUUCACGGUGUGAUUGAUAAUUAAUAGGGUAACGUUAACUAGUGGUUAUACAUUGUUAUAAUGUAACUGUCGAUAAAUACAAGCACUGAUAUCCGGCCAG